CUCCCGGGGGCGGGGCGGAGGGGGUCGCUUUGAGUGGGGCGGUGGAAGGAGCCGGCUCAUUCAGCUGUCGAGCGAUCUUCGGGAUCGCGCCUCUCCUGUUGUCCUCGUGCGCAACUUCAGCGCUCUCAGCUUCCACCUCUACCGCCGCAGCUGCGGCGGAGAUCCGGAAGGGGGGUCGGCGGGGGUCCGGUCCGGAGCACGCGCACGCAGGCGGGCACGCGCACCCAGCUCUGUCUCCGUCUGUAAGGGGGCGUGAGGGAGGGAGGGGAGUGAGGGCGCGCGACCCCGGCCGUCGGCGCCCCGGCCCACGGGCCGGGCCCCGGAGCCGUAGCCAUGUCCAAGGAGGCACGGGCCGGCCAUGAGGAGAUCAUGGAGGCGCAGGUGAUGUGGGAGCCCGACGGCAAGAGGAACGCGCAGAUGGAUCGCUUCCGGGCGGCUGUGCGCUGCGGCCGCGGGCCCGUGCUGGCCAAUUAUAAUGAAUUGUAUCAGUGGUCGGUAGAGUCAUACUCAGAUUUCUGGGCAGAAUUCUGGAAAUUCAGUGGAAUUGUCUUUUCUCGUAUGUAUGAUGAGGUUGUUGAUACUUCUAAGGGAAUUGCUGAUGUGCCUGAGUGGUUCAAAGGCAGUCGUCUGAAUUAUGCUGAAAAUCUCCUGAAGCAUAAGGAAAAUGACAAAAUUGCCCUCUAUGCAGCAAGGGAAGGCAAAGAAGAAAUUGUGAAGAUGACUUUUGGAGAAUUAAGACAACGAGUGGCAUUGUAUGCUGCAGCUAUGAGGAAAAUUGGAGUCAAAGUAGGAGACAGGGUGGUUGGUUAUUUGCCAAACAGUGUUUAUGCAGUGGAAGCUAUGCUGGCAACAGCGAGCAUCGGGGCUAUUUGGAGUUCUACAUCCCCUGACUUUGGAGUGAAUGGUGUACUGGACAGGUUUUCCCAAAUUCAGCCAAAACUCAUCUUCUCUGUAGAAGCUGUUGUAUAUAAUGGCAAAGAACACAACCACAUGGAAAAGCUACACCAGGUUGUUAAAGGACUUCCAGACUUGAAAAAAGUGGUGGUGAUACCAUAUGUUGGCUCCAGAGAGAAGAUUGACAUUUCGAAGAUUCCUCAUAGUGUAUUUCUAGAUGACUUCCUUGGAGCUGAGAAAGGAGACCAGGCUCCCCAGCUGGAAUUUGAGCAGCUGCCUUUCAGCCACCCCCUCUUUAUUAUGUUCUCCUCAGGUACCACUGGAGCUCCAAAGUGCAUGGUGCAUUCUGCUGGGGGCACCCUAAUCCAGCAUCUCAAGGAACACAUUCUUCAUGGAGACACAACCAGCAAUGACAUCAUUAUGUACUAUACCACAAUUGGCUGGAUGAUGUGGAAUUGGCUGGUAUCUGUGCUUGCAACAGGAGCUUCCGUGGUCCUGUAUGAUGGUUCUCCCUUGGUUCCAACGGCUAAUGUGCUCUGGGAUUUGGUUGACAGACUAGGGAUCACAAUUCUUGGAACUGGGGCCAAGUGGCUGUCAGUACUUGAAGAGAGAAACUUGAAACCAGUGGAAACCCACAAUCUUCAGACUCUUCACACUAUCCUGUCCACAGGGUCCCCGUUAAAAGCCCAAAGCUAUGAGUAUGUUUACAAAUAUAUAAAGAAGAGUGUCCUCCUUGGAUCUAUAUCAGGUGGCACUGACAUAAUUUCCUGUUUUAUGGGUCAAAAUGUUUCAAUUCCCGUUUACAAAGGAGAAAUUCAGGCCAGGAAUCUGGGCAUGGCAGUGGAAGCAUGGAAUGAGGAAGGAAAGGCGGUGUGGGGUGAGAGCGGUGAACUGGUUUGCACCAAACCAAUACCCUGUCAACCUACAUACUUCUGGAAUGAUAAGAAUGGGAUCAAAUACAGGAAGGCUUAUUUCUCUAAGUACCCAGGUGCUUGGGCCCAUGGUGACUAUUGCAAAAUAAAUCCCAAGACUGGAGGGAUCAUCAUGCUUGGUCGGAGUGAUGGGACACUCAACCCUAAUGGAGUUCGCUUUGGCAGCUCUGAAAUUUAUAACAUUGUGGAAGCCUUUGAGGAAGUGUUGGAUAGCCUGUGUAUCCCACAGUAUAAUAAGGAUGGGGAAGAGCGAGUGAUCCUAUUUCUGAAGAUGGUUUCCGAGCACUCAUUCAGUCAGGACUUGGUGAAGAGGAUAAAGGAUGCCAUUCGCAUUGGCUUGUCAGCCAGGCAUGUCCCCAGCCUCAUCCUGGAAACCAAAGACAUCCCGUAUACAAUUAAUGGGAAGAAAGUGGAAGUUGCAGUGAAACACAUCAUUGCUGGGAAGUUGGUGGAGCAGCGUGGCUCAUUCUCCAACCCUGAAUCCUUGGACUUGUACCAGAAUAUUCCUGAACUUCAGAAUUUCUAACUGUGACUGAGUAGUGCCUUUCUCUGGCACACAUUUGUACAUAGAGCUCUCAUAUCUUCAAAAAUUAUUGAAAUACUGAAGAUUCUUUUUAAAAGGAAACUUACACAAAGUGCUUUAUACAAAUAUUGAGGGUAAAUGAUUUCCCUCUUUAGCAGUUAAAUAUAGCUUAUAUCCUGCAUCUUGACAACUUGAAGGAAAAUCCUGGUUUUUAGGAUGAAAGGUAGCUUUGAGGGUGGUGUUAUUUAUCUAUAUAUCUAGUUAAAGAGAGACUUUGUGUGUAUCACUACACAUGCAAACACACACACACACAUAAAUUGUAUAUAGGAGUGCAUGUGAAUAUGUUUAGUGAUAGGAUAAUCCUUGUUCUGAGGAGUGACUGAGAUUUUAGAUUCCUGAGGAGAGCUUUGUAAUGGAUCUGUAAAAUGACCUCUUCCUGCCUCAAGGGAAAGGUGAACCUCAGGACUUAAGAACUAUAGUUUAUGUUUUACUUGGCACCUUGAACAGUACCUCAGGAGAUGCUGAUGUCUUAGUGAGAAUUGGCAGUUACUUAGACCAAUGUAGGCAUAGCUCUAGUCCCAGAUCUCUUCAUAGCUGAUUUCUAGCCACUUUCCAGCUGAGUGAGUGCUAGACUAUGCUUUAUGUGUCUAAUAGGUAUUUUACCUCUGUACGUUAUAGCUCACUGAACCAGUUUCAUGAAAAGCCUGCAUUUUCCCAUUGACAAAUGGAUUUUAAUAUUUCAUAGGACUUUCCUAUGAACUGAUUUUUAAUUUUUAGUAGUUUAAGUUUUUUAAAAUACAAUUGUGAAGUGUUGGGUUUAUGCGUUUUGGUGUUAGACAUUUGUACCAUUGGGUGAUGUUUCCUUUUCUGGGAGUACAAUGGAGACACUGCCCUGUGUAAUGUGCUCAGCCCUGGCCAUGAGGUGUGUCCUUCUAGCACUGGAGCUGGCCCUGGGUUCUGGGAGAGAUGGAGAUGGGAGAUGCCUAAUAGCCUGGAUGAGCCUUUGUGUCUUCAGGAAAAUAUUCUUUCAGUUUCUACUGUAUUUUCUGGAUAUGUUUAUUUUCAUGUUGAAAUUUCAUUACUAGAGCUUCCUAUGUUAUACCAACCAAUUAUUUUAGUGAACUCUUUAGCCUAUUAUGAAUUUUACAAACUCUGGUAUUCAAUUUUGUAUUUUUUCCAAUGGAGUACAUUGUUCCAAGUGAAAUGAGUCUUUUAAGCCCUUUUUUCUUCCAGGUUAUGAUACAAAGGGGGGAAAAUAUUGUUAGGAAUAUGGUGCAACAAUAAAUGAAUAUAUGUUAUACAUCUA